AUGGGAAGGAAAGCUACCACUUCAUCCAUAUUAGAAGAAAAACCUGUAAACAAAAAUAGCGGAGUUGUAAAUAAUAUGAAGGAUGCCCUUAUGAAUGACAAAAAACAAGGAGGAUCAAAAUUGAAUGAAAAAAAAGGAAGUAAAGUGACGGAGUUAACAAGUAAUGCUCAUAUGAAUGGAAGUAUACAAAAGAAGAAGGAAGAAAAUGAAUUAGAAAAUAAUAAGAAAUUGAAUCAUAAAAAUAAUCUGGAAGAAAAUUGUGUUAUUAAAAGUAAAGAGGUUGUUAAAGGAGGAGACCAAAAAAAUGAGGGACAAGCUAAGAAAAAGAAUAAUAAUAAUAAUAAUAAUAAUAAGAAGAAAGGGACAAAAGAAAAUGACAUGGAUAAAAUAAACCAAUCUGGAAAUACAAAUGACGAUAAAAAGAAAGCAAAUAAAAAUAAUACAACUGAAGGAAAUGAAAAAAAUAAAGGUUCAAAUAAUAAGAAAUAUGUAGGAAAUAAGGACGAAAAUAUGAAAGUAGAAUUAAUGGAUGUAACAAAAAAUAAUAACAGUACAAAUACUGGUAUUAACAACAGCAGCAAUAAUAAUAAUAAUAAUAAAAAAAAAAAUAAUAAUAAUAAUAAUAAUAAUAAUAACAAUAAUAACAAGAAUAAAAAUAACAACAACAAUAAUAAUAUUAUUAGCAAUAAUAACAAUAAUAACAAUAACAAUAGUGAUGUAAAGAAAGAUUGGAAGAAAGAAAUUAAAUUAAAAGAAGAUGAAAGGAAAAAAAGCGAAAAUGAUCUUAAGAAGAAAUUUGUUAAACUUAACAAAGCAGAUAAUUAUAAAAACAUUAAUGAUAAAAAAGAAGCAGAAAUAAAAAAGAAAAUAGAAAUUGAGAAUUUCAUUAGUACCAUUAAUUCAACUAUAUCAAGAUUUAAUGGUCAAACCACGAGACCAAUAAAUAUGAAAUUAUCAUCGGCUGAUAUGGAAAAUAAAUGUAAAGAUGCGAAAUCCAAAAAGAAAAAAAUAAAUCCAAAGAAUUUAGAAGAAAUUGAAGAAGCUAAUACAUAUAUUAAUUAUUUAGAAGAACAAUUAAGUAUUACAAAAAAUUAUGAAAAUUUUAAAAAUUUUCAAAAUAGAUUAAUAAGUUUAAGAAAAAUAUGUGAAGAGAAAUUAAAAGAAAAUUUAAAAAGUAUGAAUGAAACUAAAAUUCAAGAAAAAAAAUUAAGAUUUGUUGAUAAAAUUAUUAAAAUGAAAAAAGAAAAACAAAAUGUUGAUAUAACAGAAGCAGAUAUUAUAAGAAAAGAUUAUGCCAUACCAACUGACACAUAUAAUAUUCUAAUGAAACCAUAUAAUUUUCUUAAUCGUAUCCAAACAAAAUAUUUUGUAUAUGUAGAUAAUAAUAAAUUAUCCUUAACCAAUAAUAAUAACAUGAUGAACAACAACAACAACAACAACAACAAUAAUAAUAAUAACAACAACACGUUUAUUAAUUCUUAUGAUAAUAAAACAAAUUUACACAUAGCUGGAUGUAAAGAUGAUAUUGAACAAUUUAUUUCUUAUUUACAAAAUGUAAAUUUUAAUUCAGAAAAUAAAAAUUUCGUACACCUAAAUAAUAAAAUUUUUAAAAUUAUGCUUAAUAUGUAUGAUGGAAGUUUUAAAAAAAUGGAAGAAGAUACAAAUGUUUUUGUUCACGUGGAUAAUGAUAUGUUAUAUUAUUGUGGUAUGAAAGAUGAUAUUGAGAAUUUAAAAGAAUUAAUUGAAAAAGCUACGAAUAAUGAAAAGAAUUUACUUAAUAAAAAUAUAUCCAAAAAUAUUAAACUCGAUUCCAUAUUAGCUAGAGGAUUUAAUAAAAGUAUCUUGAAAGAAAUAGAAACCAACACAAACACAUUGAUAAGAAUGAAUUAUGAUGCAAAAACUUUUGAUGCAUCAGCUACUAUUAAAGGUAGUAAAAAUAGUGAUAUUGAAGAGGCAGAAGAAAAAUUAAAUGAAAUAUUAAAAAAUUUAGAUUCUGAAUUCGUUCCUUUUGAAGAAAAAGAAAUCUUUUCUUUAUAUAAAAAAUGUUCUUAUGAAUUAAAUGAAAUACGUAAAAAUUUAAAUUUAUUUAUUAUACGUCAAGAUAAUGGUUUGAGCUUGGUCGGAAAAAAAGAUAAUAUAACAAAGGCUUUGGAAAUAUUAGAAUAUUCGAAAAAUAUCAUAUCUAAUAAGACUGUAAAAAAAAAAUUAACAGAAGAGGAGGCCUUCUUGUUUAAUUCGAAUUACAGAGGACAAAUCAAAGCAAAAACUGGAGCAGAGGUUAAAAUAUUUAACAAAACAAAUCACAAAGAAUUAAAUAUAAGUGGAAAUAAAAAUGAUAUAGAUAAAGCAUUAGAAAUGAUUGAAGAAUUAUUAAAAAAAAGAAAGUGUACUCAAGUGGAUAUUAAUGAAAAAGUUAUAGCAUUAUUAUUAUCUUCCAAAGCACAAAAAAUUAAAGAUAUCGAAAAAGAUACAUGUACAAGUAUUCAAAUAAAUAAAACUAGCCAUGUAGCACAAAUUUAUGGACAUGAAGAUAAUAUACAUCUAGCUAAAGAUGUUUUAGAAAAUUUAGUUCAAUCAGAAGGUAAAGAAGGAAAAGAAGGAAAAUUCAUACCAAAUAAUUUAUAUGUAACCGUAGAAAUGAAUGUAGAAACUGAACAUAUCGGUAGUGUUAUAGGUAAAAAGGGUAGAACCAUAAAUAAAAUUCAAGAAGAUACUUUUGCAAAAAAAAUCCAUAUUGAUAAAGAAAAUAAAAAAAUAUAUAUACAUGGAACACAAAAAACAGUAGAUGCAGCACAAAAAGAAAUACAAAAAAUUCUAAAUAGAUCCAAAGAAGAAAUGUCAAAUAAUAAUAAUAAUAAUAAUAGUAGUAGUAAUGGUGGUGCAUUCAAUAAUUCUUAUCAUGAAUCUAGAUAUAAUAACAGACAUUCUAAUAAUUCGUCAUCUGCACAUCAUAGAAAAUCACACAAAAGUACAUCUAGAUCCGCACCCAGAUCUAGUCACAAGUCAGAAUCGAAGAGUAAAGGUGUCUAUAUUAAUACAAAUGAUGAAAAAGCUUUCCCAAGUCUUCAUGAUGUCACCAAUAUGCAAUCCAAAAAAAACAAAAAGCUAUCACAAAGUAACCAAACAACCAAUACUAAGAAACAUGAACAAGCACCACAAAUAGACAAGCAAACAAACAAAAAUGAAGAAGACAAGGAAAACCAACCCAAAAAUGAAGUGCAUGCAGAAACGGAUGUAACAAAAAAUGAAACACAAGAAAAAGAAGAACAGCAACAAGAAAAGAAAAAAGACAAACAGGAAGAAAAUCAAGAACUAAACCAAACGGAAAAGGAACAAGAAAAGGAACAAGAAAAGGAACAAGAAAAGGAACAAGAAAAGGAACAAGAAAAGGAACAAGAAAAACAAUCAAAUGAAAAUUAA